AUGGCACGCGAUGUCAGUAUCACACAUGCCAGGAAGCUGGAUGCAUCAGGCCUGUUAGGAGCGCGCAUCAGUUCUCUCGUGGAAGCACUAGGCUCUACUGUGCGGAUCAUGCCUGCACCAGGAGAUGCCGAGUCGAUUCAACGCUGCGGGCCUGUCCUCAUCGUCGACGAUUCCAAUCUACGGACUGUGAAGGCCAUGCAGUCGGCUGCUUCGACUGCCGAAGUCGCGAAAGACAUAUGGUUGCCUGUGAGGACAGGUAUUACUGCGAUCAAUGUUAUCUCAUCAAAUAUGAACCGCCGCUGA